AUGGAUAACGUAAUCGCCAAGAAAGUCACCGCGAUGUUUAAUCACCGGCGGUUAAACCGCUCUCGAUCCUCACUGUUCACAGCGUUUGCUUCCUCAGUUAUAUCUCUCAUCGUUUUCACGAUUCUCAUCGUCUCUCAUGUACUUGUUAGAGACUUCUCCCAGGUUGUGACAAUAGAGAUCAAGACAGUUGUUCCUUACUUACCUCUUAGGUCAGAGAAAGAGCAAAGUAACUAUACGAUCACAGUCACGGAGAGUAACAAUCUUCACGUUCUCGAGGUUUUUGGAGGUAGAGACGUGUCGGAGAAGUUUCAACAGAGAGUAAUAGAGUUUCUGAGAGAUGAUUGUAAAGUCAACUUCAUGAUGACGUGGAUCUCUCCUGCGGUUAUGUUCGGUAAGAGAGAAGUUUUGUCCGUAGAAAGCGUGUUUAAGUCUCAUCCUAAAGGUUGCUUGAUCAUUUUGUCUUCAACGAUGGAUUCUCCUCUAGGGUUUAGAAUCUUGAAACCGUUUCUUGAUCGUGGUUACAGAGUUAUCGCUAUAACUCCUGACUUACCUUUUCUGCUCAAAGACACGGCGGGAGAAUCAUGGCUUGAGGAGAUUCAGACAGGAAAAAGAGAUCCUGGAAAGAUCUCUUUAGCUCAGAACCUCUCAAACCUCAUGAGACUCGCGUACUUGUUCAAAUUCGGAGGUGUUUAUCUAGACACCGACAUGAUUGUUCUAAAGAGUUUCAAACACUUAAGGAACGUGAUCGGUGCACAGACUCUUGAAUCGGUUUCAAGAAACUGGACGAGGUUAAACAAUGCGGUUUUGAUAUUCGACAAGAACCAUCCUCUCUUGCUAAAAUGUAUUCAAGAAUUCGCGUUGACUUUUAAUGGGAACGUUUGGGGUCAUAACGGACCGUACCUUGUUUCUAGAGUGGCUCGGUCUGUGGAAGGAACCGAGGGAUAUAACUUCACUAUCAUGAGACCUUCAACGUUUUAUUCGGUUAAUUGGGUUGAGAUUGAGAAGCUUUUCAAGGUUCCAAGAACAGAGAAGGACUUGAAGAGAGUUAAAGUCAAGGUUCUUGAGAUGCAGAGGAGAGGCUAUGGGUUGCAUUUGUGGAAUAAGUUUAGUAGUAAAUUUGUUAUUGAACAAGGUAGUGCCAUGGAUAAAAUUGUUUCAGAUCAUUGUGUGAUCUGUGAGAAUGUCUCAGUAUCAUAG